GGGUAGUACCUGCAAUUGGUUGAAAGGACCCACCCGGAAGGGUGAAUGCCCCCGGCUGGAGAGAAAGGAAAGCCUGGUGGCGGGAAGUUUUUAUUGGAGUGCGGCUGAAAGGGGAGAAAUUUGGCUUUCCAGUUCGACUUUAGAAUGGCAUCCAUUUCAGCUCUGAGUGAGGAACUGGAUUCUAUAACGAGUGAGCUACAUGCAGUAGACAUUCAAAUCCAGGAACUUCUGGAAAGGCAGCAGGAGCUCAUUCAGAAAAAAAAUGUGCUAACGAAGAGAAUAAAACUGUGUUUAGAGGAUUCCGAAGCUGGGGAGAGCAGUGAAUGUGAUUCUUCACCUGCCUCUUGGAAUAAAGAAGAUUUUCCAUGGUCUGGUAAAGUUAAAGAUGUUCUACAAAAUGUCUUUAAACUGCAGAAGUUCAGGCCACUUCAGCUCGAAACUAUUAACGUCACAAUGUCUGGAAAGGAGGUAUUUCUCGUUAUGCCUACAGGAGGGGGAAAGAGUUUAUGCUACCAGUUACCAGCAUUGUGUUCAGAUGGUUUUACCCUUGUGAUUUGCCCUCUGAUCUCCCUUAUGGAAGACCAGUUAAUGGUUUUGAAACAAUUAGGAAUUUCAGCUACCAUGUUAAAUGCUUCUAGUGCUAAGGAGCACGUGAAAUGGGUUCAUGCUGAAAUGGUAAAUAAAAACUCCAAGCUAAAGCUAAUUUAUGUGACUCCAGAGAAAAUUGCAAAAAGCAAAAUGUUUAUGUCAAGACUAGAAAAAGCCUAUGAAGCAAGGAGAUUUACCCGAAUUGCUGUAGACGAAGUUCAUUGCUGUAGUCAGUGGGGACACGAUUUCAGACCUGAUUAUAAGGCUCUUGGUAUCUUGAAGCGGCAGUUCCCUAAUGCAUCACUAAUUGGACUGACUGCAACAGCGACCAGUCAUGUUUUGAAGGAUGCUCAGAAAAUAUUGUGCGUCGAAAAAUGUUUUACUUUCACGGCUUCUUUUAAUCGACCAAAUCUCUAUUAUGAGGUUCGGCAGAAGCCCUCAAACACUGAAGAUUUUAUUGAGGACAUUGUAAAGCUCAUUAAUGGAAGAUACAAGGGGCAAUCAGGAAUCAUAUAUUGCUUUUCUCAGAAAGACUCUGAGCAAGUUACAAUUAGUUUACAGAAACUGGGGAUUCCUGCAGGUUCAUACCAUGCCAAUAUGGAACCGGAAGAUAAGACCAAGGUUCAUAGAAGAUGGUCAGCGAAUGACAUUCAGGUAGUUGUGGCAACAGUUGCAUUUGGUAUGGGAAUUGAUAAGCCAGAUGUGAGGUUUGUUAUUCAUCAUUCAAUGAGUAAAUCUAUGGAAAAUUAUUACCAAGAGAGUGGCCGAGCAGGUCGAGAUGACACGAAAGCAGACUGCAUUCUGUAUUAUGGUUUUGAAGACAUAUUCAGGAUCAGUUCAAUGGUGGUGAUGGAAAACGUGGGGCAACAAAAGCUUUAUGAGAUGGUGUCCUACUGUCAGAACAUACACAAAUGUCGCCGUGUAUUGAUAGCUCAACAUUUUGAUGAAGUAUGGAGUCCAGAAGCAUGUAACAAAAUGUGUGAUAACUGCUGUAAAGAGAUUACAUUUGAAAGAAAGAAUGUAACUGCAUACUGCAGGGAUCUUAUUAAGAUCCUGAAACAGGCCGAGGACCUGAAUGAAAAGCUCACUCCACUAAAACUGAUCGACUCUUGGAUGGGAAAGGGUGCCUCGAAAUUGAGAGUAGCAGGCCUUGCUCCUCCCACACUUCCUCGUGAAGACCUGGAGAAAAUCAUUGCACACUUUCUUAUACAGCAGUAUCUCAAAGAAGACUACAGUUUUACAGCUUAUGCUACCAUUUCAUAUUUGAAAGCAGGACCUAAAGCUAAUCUUCUGAACAACGAGGCACACGUUAUUACCAUGAGAGUAAAGAAGCCCAUGCAGAACUGUUUCAGGACUGAAUCACCUCAAACUUGUCAUUCUGAAGGAACUGAUAAAAAGAGGAAAGAAAAAACUCCAAGUAACUUCCUGAAGAGAUCUGCAAACAUGCUUCAGCAACCGGAUUGUAAGAAUACAGGGGCUAAGAAAAGAAAAAUUGAUAAUGCAUGAGAUAAGUGUUUCUAAAUUUUCCAAGAAAAUAACUUAUGCAUGGAUACACUAUUAGUUUUGUAGUUAAUCAGAAGUUUAAUUUGAAGACAAUUUCAUUAAUAUUUUAUACAUAUGGAGCUACAUUUUCAGAAUUUAUCUCUGAAGUAUUGAAAACUUGAGAAUUUGAGACAUUCUGAUGUCUUGAGAUCAUGAAUUGCAUAAAUUUACAGUAUAAAACAGGAAAAAUAAAUUAACUUUAUUGUAAAACCCUUUAAAUGUAAAAUACGUAAGAGAUUAAGUUCAUGUAACUUUGUUAAGUUCUGUAUGCCUUGUCACAACUAGCUGUAUUUUUCUUUUCACACAACUGGCUUACAAAGGCUACAACGGUAAGCGUCUUGAAACCAUAGCCUGCCUUUGACAUUUCACGGUCAAAGAAUGGCUCUGGUAUGUUAAGCGGACACCACACUGUUGGUUAAGUAGGUAACAAGCUAAUCUGUCUCAAAGCUAAAUCACAAAUGACUGUCUCUGAGUUGAAAACACAGAAAUGAAUACUUCAGACUUAUCUUUACAUAAUUAGUGGUCAGUUUUGCGUUAAAAAAAAAAAAAAACCUAUACAAUUAUUUUAACUUCA